AUGAAGCAGAUCUUUGACACCAUCAGGGAGUCCAUGCCGCCCAUUGGGGGUGUUGCAAAUGGUGCUAUGGUUCUACGAGACAGUUCGUUGAUGAAGAUGAGCUUCGAAGAUUUCCAAGCAGUCCUGCGUCCCAAGAUCCAAGGCACAAUUAACCUUGACUGGCUCUUCUCCGAUCCCAGCCAACCACUCGACUGGUUUAUCAGAUUUAGUUCGAUCGCGGCAACGGUCGGUAACCCUGGUCAAUCAGCGUACACUGCUGGAAACUGUUUCAUCAAGGUACUUAUCGACCGGCGCCGUCAGCAAGGUCUGGCUGGAUCAUCAAUUGAUAUCACUCGAUUAGUGGGACUAGGCUUCAUAGAGCGUGAGAGCCACGGCCGCCUAACCAAGGAGCACCAGGAGCGGCUAACCACGCGAUCUGGCACCAUUGCGAUGAGCGAGAAUGAUCUGCAUCAGUUGUUUGCUGAGGCCAUCUUGUCCGGACGACAUGACUUGGGCCUCAACCCGGAGAUCAUUACUGGUCUGGCACCCAUCUCUGUCGAAUAG